GUUCACAAGCUAUCCUAACUUCGAAGAGGAUGGGUGUCCAGUUCUCGUGCUAACGUCGCGUUAAAACCAAAAAAAUUGAGUUUUUUUAUUCACAAAAAAACCAAAACUAAAAAAAAAAUAUUUCUAAUACAAAGUGUAUUGAAAGAAACACAAAAAAAAACUAAAGUGAAAUGUUUUAAAGAACAGAACAACAUUUUCAAAACUAAAACGAGUACCUUUUCUUCUCAUUGAACAACAACAACAAAGUACAAAUUUAUUUUCCUGUUUCCAAAAAAACGAAAAGAGCAUCCUUGACGUCCUUGACCUUUAGUCUGUUUUUCGAAAAUUAAAAAAAAGUGUUAACCUAAAACAAAAACAAAAAAUGGCUUUACGUUGUGCUGGUCUUUUCCUGAGCAAGGAGGUGAGCUCCACCUUGUCCCAACAGAUGCGUGCCUUGAGCACCUCUAGCUCCUUGAAGGGCUCCAGUUUCCUGCAAAACUCGCCCAAUACCUCCUUGGACAAAUCAAUUUUGGCCCGUUACCGCAAUUUGGAAACCCCCAGCAACAGGGUCCAGGCCACCUAUUUGUGGAUCGAUGGUACUGGUGAAAAUAUCCGUUUGAAGGAUCGUGUGUUGGACAAGGUGCCCACCGGAGUCCAAGAUUUGCCCAAGUGGCAGUAUGAUGGCAGCUCCACCUAUCAGGCCCGUGGUGAGAAUUCCGAUACCACCUUAAUUCCCCGUGCCAUUUACAAGGAUCCCUUCAAGCCCGGCAAGAAUGAUAUUAUUGUCAUGUGCGACACCUAUCAGGCCGAUGGCAAACCCACCGAGUCCAACAAGCGUGGUGCCUUGCAAGAGGCCAUUGACAAGGUAGGCGAUCAAGAACCCUGGUUUGGUAUUGAACAGGAAUACACUUUGUUGGAUGUUGAUGGUCGUCCCUUUGGCUGGCCUGCCAAUGGCUAUCCCGCUCCCCAGGGUCCCUACUACUGUGGUGUGGGUGCCGAUCGUGUGUAUGCACGUGAUUUGGUAGAGGCCCAUGCCGUGGCCUGUUUGUAUGCUGGCAUUGAUUUUGCCGGCACCAAUGCUGAGGUCAUGCCCGCCCAAUGGGAAUACCAGGUGGGUCCCAGUCUAGGCAUGAAGGCCAGUGACGAUUUGUGGGUGUCUCGCUACAUUUUGCAACGCAUUGCCGAGGAGUUCGGUGUUGUUGUCACCUUCGAUCCCAAACCCAUGGAGGGACAAUGGAAUGGCGCUGGCGCCCACACUAACUUCUCCACCAAGGCCAUGCGUGCCAAUGGUGGCAUGAAGGCCAUUGAAGAGGCCAUUGAGAAGCUGAGCAAACGUCACGAUCGCCACAUCAAGGCCUACGAUCCCAAGGAGGGUAAGGACAAUGAGCGUCGUUUGGUUGGCCGUUUGGAGACCUCAAGUAUUGACAAGUUCUCGUGGGGUGUUGCCAAUCGUGGUGUCAGUGUUCGUGUACCACGAGGUGUUGCCGAUGCUGGCAAGGGUUACUUGGAGGAUCGUCGUCCCAGCUCCAACUGUGAUCCCUAUGCUGUGUGCAAUGCUUUGAUUAGAACCUGUUUGUUGAAUGAAUAAGGUUCUGGAAGAGAAAGAGAGAAAAUGAGAGCAAGAGCGAGAGAGGAGAAGAAAAGAGUAAAAAUUCCAUUGGAUUAGAAUUAGUUAAACGCCAGCUGCAAGUCCUGUUUAAGAUUUGAAUAAAAAUUGACAAAAAUAUAUUCCAUUAGGACAUUCAAGAACAAAAAAUACGAAAUUUCAAAUAUCUAAUAAAAUUAAAAAAAAAAUUGUAAAUAGCUGAAAAUUUUACUAAAAAAAAACAUAAAGAAAAUGUUUAAAUUUCGUCAAAAAUGAAAAA